AUGGCCGACAGAGAUGAGGAACUUUUUCGAGCUGUGCAAGGAAAUCAUGUCAAACAAGUGGAGACUUUGCUGGAUCAUGGAGUUUCCCUCAAUGUUUCAGACACCGCGCCAAUGAAGCUGGCAAUCGAAACAGGAAACACAAAAUUAGCAAUUCUACUGCUAGAAAGAAGAUCUAGCAUGUCUAUUAGUAACAGAUAUGAACUGCUUGAGCAUGCUAUGAUUAAAAAACAGUCUGCUGUGGUCGCUAGGUUACUCAAACACAAAGUUAGCCCUAACGCCCAUUUGUCGUUUGGUGAUUCACCGUUGUGUUUUGCAGCAGAAGUGAAUUCUCAGGAACUAGUCAAAGUUCUCUUGCAGGCAAAUGCUAAUCCAAACAGCGUCAACGCCAGAGAGGAAACAGCACUUUAUAUUGCGUGUCGUGAUGGGAGCACAGCUAUUGCAAAAAUCUUAAUCACUUUCGGUGCUGAUCUGUCUUGGGUUCACACUAAAGACUACAACUUUACACCCCUAAUUGUGGCCGUUGCCAAUGACAAUCGUGACAUCGUACAGCUUCUUCUCAACUUCAAUAUAAACAUCGAUGCUCAAGACACGGAAGGAUGGACCGCUCUAUGGCAUGCUUACAGUAAUGGCAACGAGGAGAUCUGUGCUCUUCUUCUGAAGGCGGGAGCAAAAACCGACAUUCCCAACAACGAAGGGAAAACGGUAAUUCAAGAGGCGAAUGAAGAUGAAGACGAAGAGAACUUCACACAUUUGUUUACAAAAUAUGCAAAGUUUCGCAAUUCUCUUACACUUUAA